GAGUCUCCGCCCUUCUUUCCUCCCCGGGGCGCGAGCGAGAGAGCGCGCGCCGCCGCCGCCGCAGCCUGAGCGAAGGAUGUGGCCGGUCCCGCGGGCGGGGCUGGCCCUGCUGCUGGAAGUGGGGGUGCGCGCGUUGCUGCUGGGUCUCUUCUUGGUCACUGAAGUGCUGCCCCCUUUCCAACGAGUCAUACAGCCUGAAGAAAUGUGGCUCUACAAAAACCCCUACAUAGAGUCGGACCACGUGCCCACCAAAUCUAUGUUUUUCAUUUCCUUUGUGUCUCCUUUGGUCUUGAUUUUCCUGGCCAAAUUCUUCAUGAAGGCUGGUAAAGAAGAUACCAGGGAAGCAUGCUUAGCUGUUAGCCUGGCCCUGGGUCUGAAUGGUAUUUUCACCAAUGCUGUGAAGCUGGCUGUGGGCAGGCCUCGGCCAGAUUUCUUCUACCGCUGCUUUCCAGAUGGACGGGCAACCCAUCAGUUCUUGUGCACAGGAGAUGCACAAGUUGUGAUUGAAGGGCGCAAGAGCUUCCCUAGUGGACAUUCCUCCUUUGCCUUUGCCGGGCUUGCUUUUGGCGCCUUCUACAUUGCAGGGAAGCUGCAUUGCUUUGCACCUGGUGGUCGAGGCCAAUCCUGGCGCCUCUGCGCCUUCUUGGGACCCCUCUUUGUCGCCAUGCUCAUUGCCUUGUCCCGCACGUGCGAUUACAAACAUCACUGGCAAGAUGUGCUGGUUGGCUCUGGAAUGGGAUUCACCUUCGCAUAUCUCUGCUACAGACAGCAUUACCCUCCUCUGACGGACCCCAAAUGCCACCAGCCACUGCAGCAAGGAUCCAGGCUAUCUUCUCCAGAGAGGCAAAAGCUGACAGUUUCUGGCUUCAACCUAGAUGUAUGAAGGAGGACUCGGGGGUUUCCUUUCUCUGUAUUUGCAGACUCGAGCGGGGAAAAGAGAGCUUAAAUCAUCCAUGUUCUGCUUUGCUCAAAGGCCAGACGGGAGGAGGUGGUAGGGGGAGAGCCAUCAGUGUUUGACGUAUAGCAGCCUGAUUGAAACUCAGGGCCUUUACUUCUUCCCCUUCAUCACGCAGAUGUGGCCAAGAGAGCAAGUUUUUUUCCAGGAAGAAAAAAUUGCACAGUUUGGGUUGAUUUAUUAUUAUUAUUUUUGGAGGCCAAUUCAUGUCUGGCAACAUCGAACCAUUCCACAUCCAAUUAAAAUAGAGCAACAAAAGGAGUUUGGUCCAUUCCCUCAUUGUAAUGCCAGGCGUCGCUCUUGAGUUUAAAUAUCUAUAAACUGACGUCACAUGAUCUCAGCUCACGUAUAGUCUUGACGUAUGUACCACAGGAGAGGUCAGGCAUCUUUUCCCAGGAUGCCCAGGGUCCAUUCCUGUCCGUCCAAAGAUAGAUGGGUACAAUUUUAGUUGUUUUCUCCACAAAACUCUGCAUGGGGUGAUGGUGUUGAUGAAGUAUACUCUUUCAGGAUUCAGUCAUUUUGUGCAACAAAACCCCAGCCUUUUUGUUUGUUUGUUUGCUUAAAACAGACCAGUAGCUCAACCAUUCACCAAGGAGAUUGACAUGCAUUGAAACAGGUAUAAAGGUAGAAUCCUCAAUCCAGACCCAUGCAUUUGUCUGUUUUUCUGCUACCUCUUAAGAAUACUUACAAAGGUUCUCUCCAACAUUUGCCACUGCAGUGUAAUAUUUAAGGAGUCAAAAUUAAAUCUAGGAAACUAAUUA